UGGAAUGGAGAAAAGUAACCAGUCCAGUGUCUCUGAAUUCCUCCUCUUGGGUCUUUCUGAGAAGCCAGAGGAGCAACCUCUCCUAUUUGGCAUCUUCCUGGGGAUGUACCUGGUCACUGUGUUAGGGAACCUUAUCAUCAUCUUGGCCAUCAGCUUUGACUCACACCUCCACACCCCCAUGUACUUUUUCCUGGCCAAUCUCUCUUUUGCUGAUGCUUGCUAUUCUUCCACCACAGUCCCUAAGAUGUUGGUGAACAUCCAGACACAGAGUCAGACCAUACCAUUUGGAGGCUGUUUAGCUCAGAUGCAUUUUUUCAUGAUGUUUGGGGCACUGGAUGACUUCCUCUUGGGGGUGUUGGCCUAUGACCGCUAUGUGGCCAUCUGCAAGCCUCUUCACUACCCCACACUCAUGAGUCCUUUUAUGUGCAUGCUCCUUCUCACAGUAUGCUGGAUUCUCACCAACCUUGCUGCCCUCUUACACACCCUGCUCAUGGCAAAGCUUUCUUUCUGUGUAGGCAACACCAUUCAUCACUUCUUCUGUGACGUGGUCCCUUUGCUACAGCUCUCCUGCUCAGACACAAGCACCAACCAGGCAGCCCUGUUCACUGUGGGCUCCAUCAUACUCACUGGUCCUCUCUCCCUGAUCAUUUUGUCAUAUAUAAACAUCAUCUCCAGCAUCCUCAGGGUCCCAUCUGCCUCUGGCAGGCAAAAGGCCUUCUCCACCUGUGGAUCCCAUCUCACUGUUGUCUUCUUGUUCUAUGGUGCAGCAAUUGGUGUCUAUCUGUGGCCCCCUUCCUCACAAUCAGAGGGUAAAGACAGGGUUGCAGCUAUAUUUUACACAGUGGUGACCCUCAUGCUGAACCCCUUCAUUUACAGCUUCAGAAACAAGGAUAUGAAGACAGCACUGAGAAAGCUUUUGGCUUGAAUGCACUUUUCUCCCAGAGACUCUAACCUUAUGUCCAUAUUUGGAAAUUAUUCCACAGAAGGCCCACAUGCUCAGGAAAAAAUAUCCCUCUCUCCCACCCCCAUGCUUAGCUAUUAGGGAAUAAUUCCUCCCAAAACAGCCCCUUAUGCUCAAAUUGGAAUCUGCAUCUGCUUAAUGUAACUCUGUAAUAACUUCAUGGAGGACUUGUAUUGCAUAUAAUUUUUGCACUUAUUUCUCUGCUGUCUUUAGGGAGAUCUCAACCUUUCUAGGGCAAGAUCAGUAAAAAAUUAUUUGUAGAUGUUCUGAUAAACAUGUGAAUGAUUUUAAAAGAUACCAUUUAGUGAGCAUUUAUUUAUCGUUACCCUUUGCCAGUCACUGUGUCAGGCGUGGGAGAUACUGAGAUAAGGAAGCCUCUGUUCUUUAGGAGCUCUCUUUCUAUUGCAGCGUGUAGUUGUGCACAUACACAAGUAACCAUAAAAUAGAUGUGGUAGUGAUGGUUUUACCAUAUAAAUGAAUAUUCAUUUCAUUCCAUGUAUUUAGCUGGUUAUGUGUAUUAUCUAAUUUGGUCCCCCCUCCCUGGCAACGCUUUUGAGUUGGGAACUAUGGUUAUCACAUUUUUGAGAU